AUGUGUGUAUAUAUUUUUUUCAGCGAAGCCAUUUUGUCUCUUACACGUGAUGCGGAUGUCGCUACGUUGAUUCAGGUUCUCAGGGUGCUUUCUACAGCCGUUGAGUCUAACCGCUGGAACGAGUUUUGGGACGAAGCAUUUUUUGGGCGCGACUGUUUCGCCGAUGUCGUUUUCAUGGUCCUCAAUUCGACCAACGCUGAUCUCAUCCUUUCUGCGGCUCAAUUCAUCGAUAUGCUGAUGGAUCACAGCAUGCGGUUGAAGAUCGCCCUCGCGGAACGUCGACUGCCGCUCGACCCUCUGUUCGAUGCCGUCAGAACGACCGCAGACGACGGUAACACACUGACGUGCACUGUUUUGAUCCGUGCCGUCUAUUCUCUGACUACCUUCGAAGAAGGGGUUCAGACAUUAUUACAGGCAGCGGACAACGUCAUUUCUGCUUUGGACCAUGCUCUGUCUACAAUCUAUAAAGCCGACUGCCGGGUCGAUGCAGAAACGCUGAAGGUCUUCCUCCUGAUUCUGAGAAUAGUGAAAAUUCUUGCUUGUAAUGCGAGCACUUUGAAUACUGGUGGUGAAAUUUGUCGAAAAAUCAGUGAGCAUAUUUCACGAUCAAAGGAAACCAAAAAUCACGAACUUUUCCACAGGAUUCACGCGGAGCUUAAUGAGCUGAUGGAACUCGUUACGUGA